UACGUUUGCGCAUGCGUCCUGGAUACACCGGGAUACCGUGGUACACAAUGGAAUCGGACGUACAUAGACAUGACUGGCUUGAAUACUAGUUAGAAGCCUCGACGCCUUUGAAAGCACUAGCUAGUUUGAAUAACGUUACCGGUAUUAUGAAAUAACCGCGCAGGUUUAAGCGUAACAGUGACGGUGACACCUCCCACAGGCGACUUGACUUGAAAGUAAAAGAGUGCUGAAGGAGUGAAAUAGAAACCGUCCGAUAACCACCAAGGAAAAUGUCAGAGGUCAACAUACCAAAGCGAAAAGAGAAGUGUGAGAACUGCACCAAACAGUGCAACAAGAAACAGAAUGAUGAAGGUGCCAACUCCCACCAGGAGAGAGAUGAAGUCAAUGGACAGGAGCAUGACGGAUCCCAGUUGCUGCUGAGUGCCUGCCUGUCCUGUGAUGGCUGUCUGUCAGAGGAGGAGACCCUGAAGAUCUCUCAGCAGAGUCUGGAGGAAGUGGAGCGCGUCCUGGCACUCAAUAAGAAGUGUGACGUGUCGAAGCACAACGUACUGGUAGCGUCGGUGUGUCCACAGUCGCUGCCUUUCUUUGCUGUCAAGUUUGGCCUGGACAUCACUGAGGCAGCCCACAAACUCUGUGCCUUCCUCAAGAGUUUAGGAGUGCAGUAUGUGUUCGACACCACUCUGGCAGCAGGCUUCAGCAUCUUAGAGAGUCAGAAGGAGUUCAUUCAGAGGUUUCGCAGGAGACACCACGACUCCCACGCCUUGCCCAUGUUCACCUCCUCCUGCCCAGGGUGGAUCCGCUAUUCAGAGCGUGUCCUGGGCAGUUUGGUCACCCCUCAUAUCUGCACAGCCAGGUCUCCUCAGCAGAUCAUGGGCUGUCUGGUCAAAGACUACUUCUCUAAACAGCAGAAGCUGAGUCCAGAGAAAGUCUACCACGUGUUUGUGGCUCCCUGCUUUGAUAAGAAGCUGGAGGCUGUCAGAGAGGAGUUUUACAACAGCCUGCUGGAGACCAGAGAUGUGGAUUGUGUCCUCACCUCAGGGGAGAUCUAUUACCUGAUGGAGCAGAGGAAGGUUUCAGUGGAGGAGCUGGACUCAGUUCCACUGGACCAUGUGCUGGGAGAGACUGGAGACGCGGCGCUGGUGAGGCACGAGGGCCGAGGUUCUGAAGGCUUCCUGGAACACGUCUUCAAACAUGCUGCCAAAGAGCUCUUUGGUCUGGACGUCCAUGAGAUCACAUACAAGACCCUCAGAAACCGGGACUUCCAGGAAGUAACUCUGGAGCGGGACGGGGAAACUCUGCUGCAGUUUGCUGCUGUUUACGGCUUCAGGAACAUCCAGACUCUGGUUCACCGAAUGAGGAAGGGCCGUGUGCCUUACCAGCUGGUGGAGGUGCUGUCCUGCCCAGGAGGGUGCUUGAGCGGCCGCGGUCAGGCAGCCAGUGACGUGGAAGGCCGGUUGGAUAAAGCCCUGGUCCAGCAGAUGGAGGAGGCCUACAGCAGCCUGCCGGUCCGUCUCCCAGAGGUCAACCCCACCCUGCACACCCUCUAUCAGGACUGGCUGCAGGGCCAGGACUCCGCGCAGGCCGGCACACUCCUGCACACCCAGUACAGAAGUCCGAUCCACACACAGCCCCCACACAUGCAGUGGUGAGGAGAAACGGCCUAUUUUACUUUGAAGACAUGAUGGGGGGGGGUUGUCUCUGGUCGAUUCUGAUUCUGCUUGGACCAUCUCAUCAUUCAUGCUGGCACCAGGAAGGACAAGCCAAGGGCCAGGCUGCACUUCCGACGCCCCCCCUGUAUCAAUUGGUUCAAUUCCUCUGUUAAGCCACAGGGGGGUGAUGUCUGUCUAUUUAACAUUGGUGGAUCUCCUGUGCCAAACCCUGAGGCUGAGGAGAAAUGAAGAUCCAGAUUCCAGAAAUGCACACAGGUCUACAUUAUAUUGCUCCGGUGCUGCAGGCAAUUCCCUCGGAUCACGCUCUUUUCGCCCGGAUGUCCAUAACCUUCCGCUUUCUUUGUGUUGGAAUUCUAAACUCCGGUGGAUUUGUGAGGACUAUGGUUAACUGCUCCUCAGA